AUGACUGGUCUUGAUAUUAAGAACGAUCAUAUUAUUGAAGUAGCAGUAUUGAUUACCGAUGGAGAUUUGAAUAUUAUUGCAGAGGGUCCAGAUUUUGUUAUUCAUCAAUCAAAAGAAGUCAUGGAUGGAAUGGGCGAUUGGUGCAAGAAACAUCACGGAGAGUCUGGAUUAACAUCAGCGGUAUUAGACUCCAAUAUUACAACAUCGGAGGCGUCAAAUCAAAUUAUAGAAUUUUUGAAAAAACAUAUUCCCAAAUCAAAAGUUGCUCCUUUGGCUGGUAAUAGCGUACAUUCUGAUAAAGUAUUUUUGCAAAAAGAAAUGCCAGAAGUGAUUGAUUAUUUGCAUUAUAGAAUUGUUGACGUUAGUACUGUAAAAGAACUAUGUAGGCGUUGGUAUCCAAGUAUUUUUCAAAAUGCGCCACAAAAAAAACUUAGUCAUCGUUCUCUUGAUGAUAUCAAAGAAAGUAUUAAUGAAUUGAAAUAUUACCGCCAAAACAUAUUUAUUGUAAAUGAAGAUACUACGAACAAAAAACGUAAAGAAAAUUCCUAA